AUGGAGGCCGGUAUGAAGCGCAUCGAGGAUGUCUGCGCCGACAUGCAGAUCCCCUCUCUUCGUGCGGCCGCGGACCAGGUGAUCCUCGAGUUCCAGAACUCCCCGAACGUCAUCCCCCUCGCCACGUACAUCCUUGACAACUCGCAGGACAGCAUGGCGCAGUUCCACUCGGCGGCCGCCAUCAAGCGGUGCAUCAUCCGCGAGUGGACGCACCAUUCGGCCGCCGACAAGCUCGGCCUCGUGCACUACUGCCUGAACUACUGCCUGGCCCGGAGCCAGACGUAUUUCAAUCCGAUCCGGCCGCGGCCGACGAUCUUCGGGUUCCUGGCGGAUGAGGCCGGCUCGCAGAAGCUCGGCGGGCUGAUCGACCCGCCGAGCGCCGACCCGCUGCUCCUGCUGCUGAAGCGCCUGCAGGACGACCUGUGCCUGGACGCGCGCGAGAGCCUGGACGAGCAGCAGUCCGUCAUCGCGCAGAUCAACAGCCUGGCGCGCUUCGCCAAGCGCGUGUCCGCCGCCCUCGAUGGGCGCAUCGCCCAGAUGCGUGUCAUUUCCGACAACCUCCGUGUCCUCAAUGACAUCGGCCGCUCCAUCGAUGAGGCCACCCUGCAGGCGCGCCAUGUGGUGAACACCUGCCAGCGCCUGCAUGCGCGUCUGCCGGCUCACGUGCAGAUGGACUCGAUCGCCACGGCGUGUCCGUCCCUGCGGCCGCGCGCGCUGCCGGCCGCGCGGCCCGCCACCGGCGCGGCCCCCAUCCAAAUGGCCGGCAGCCCGCCGGCCUCGGGACCGGACGCCGCGGCCGGCCCCGCGCCCUAUCCCGCCGACGAGAAUACCGCCCUGCCGGCCUCGUCACUUCCCCUGCACCAGGGGAGCAUGCUGGCCGAGCGCGCGAGCUUGGCCUCCGCCGACCCGAUUGUCGAUGCCGGGGCCGCUCCGGUGGCCACGGCCCCGAUCGGCCUCUCGCCCCCCUCGGCAACGGUCCUGUCGGCGCCCGGGGCCUCGCCCAUUGCCGGGGCCCCGGCCGGGGAAUCCGAUGACAUUGUCUUUGCCGUGCGCCGGACCAAGCCCAAGAAGGAGCGCAAGGCCGGCACCGGGCGCAACGCCAAGCGCACUUCCACCUCCGGGGAGCCGGCGGAGGAGCCGGCGGAGGAGCCGGCAGAGGAGCCGGCGGAGGAGCUGGCGGAGGAGCAGACCGGCGAGCACGUCGACGCGCCGUCGGCCCAGGAGGCACCCCGGACAGAGGCCCAGGAGUAG